GCAUGGGUCUCCGUAACAUAAAUCGCAUCGGCUCUGUUAGGAAAAGGCACGAUGCUGCUCUUUGUGGUCUUAAUUCGGUGCUACGAGUUCCAACAUUCACGUGUGCGCUGCUCCACUGCCGUGGGUUCCGCCAGUUCCUCCCCCAUUUGUCCACUUCUUCCCCUCCCACCUCUUUGCAGCACCGUCAAGCCUCAGGUUGGAGCAGAGCAUGCCUUAGAUUCCCUGGAAGAGGAAUAGACGUUUUUUUUUCUUUUUCUUUUUUUUUUCUUUUCUAUUUUUUUGUUUUGUCUUUGCAGCUGCUUAUUUGCAGCAAGUGGGCACAGGGUGCAUUUGCGUCCGUGGGCUGCAGAACUGAGUGGGUUGGGAAAGACUCGAGACUUUCUCUCUGCCCCCCUUUUGCUUUUCUUCUUCUCCUUCGUCCUUUCGUCUUCUUCUUCUUCUUCUUCUUCUUCUUCUUCUUCUUCUUCUUCUUCUUCUUCUGCUUCUCCGUCGCUGUGGCUCAGUCCUGUUUCCCGCUUUAGCUGUGGUGCAGGGGGGAAAGUGUUUAUAUGGGGGAUGAUGACAGAGGUCGGGUCGCGCUAAUGGGCCAGUGAAGAGCGGCGGAGGGAGGAGAGGAGAGGAGAGGCGCACACAGCCGACCAGGAACACAUAACAUUAAUACACUUGUUCCAUCACCAAUCAGCAUAGGGAUAUCCCCUCCGUCUCCGCCGAAGACCACUGGAAACUAAUUUUUCCUCUUCAAAAGUUCCGGGGGAGAGCGAGACACUUAAAUCCUGGUCGGCUUUUUGGCUUUUUGCUCUUUUUCUCCCUCCCCCCCCCUCCAACCCCCACCUCCUAUUAUUUUGGUGUGGAGAGCGGGGCUCUACAGCCUAUAGUUUAAAAAGGACGGAGGAUGCCCCAAAAAGAAUACCACAACCAAGCCACGUGGGAGUCUGGCGUAGCCUCAAUGAUGCAGAACAGUCACAGUGGCGUAAACCAGCUUGGUGGUGUGUUUGUUAAUGGCAGACCGCUGCCGGAUUCCACCAGGCAGAAAAUAGUUGAACUUGCUCAUAGUGGCGCUCGACCCUGCGACAUCUCCAGGAUACUGCAGACCCAUGAUGAAGUCCAAGUGCUGGACAGUGAAAAGGUGUCCAACGGCUGCGUGAGCAAGAUCCUGGGCAGAUAUUAUGAAACUGGCUCCAUAAGACCGAGAGCGAUAGGCGGCAGCAAGCCCCGUGUCGCCACUCCGGAGGUGGUCGCCAAAAUCGCGCAGUACAAGCGGGAGUGUCCGUCGAUCUUUGCCUGGGAGAUCCGCGACCGGCUGCUGUCGGAGGGGAUCUGCACCAACGACAACAUACCCAGCGUGUCAUCAAUAAACAGAGUCCUCCGCAACCUGGCGAGUGAAAAGCAACAGAUGGGCGCAGAUGGCAUGUAUGACAAGCUGAGAAUGCUCAACGGUCAGACAGGAACUUGGGGGACCCGGCCAGGCUGGUACCCCGGAACAUCAGUGCCAGGGCAGCCCAACCAAGAUGGCUGCCAACAGCAGGACGGCGCAGGAGAAAACACAAACUCCAUCAGCUCGAACGGCGAAGACUCGGAGGAGACGCAGAUGCGUCUGCAGCUCAAGAGAAAACUGCAGAGGAACCGCACGUCUUUUACGCAGGAGCAAAUCGAGGCGCUGGAAAAAGAAUUUGAGAGAACGCAUUAUCCAGAUGUUUUCGCACGGGAAAGACUAGCGGCGAAAAUCGACCUGCCCGAAGCAAGAAUACAAGUAUGGUUCUCAAACAGAAGAGCAAAGUGGAGGCGAGAGGAGAAGCUGCGGAACCAGCGUCGACAGGCCAACAACUCCUCCAGUCACAUUCCCAUCAGCAGCAGCUUCAGCACCAGCGUCUACCAAGCCAUCCCUCAGCCCACCACACCGGUGUCUUUCACCUCGGGGUCAAUGCUUGGCAGGCCUGAUUCUGCACUAACAAACACCUACAGUGCGCUGCCCCCCAUGCCCAGCUUCACCAUGGCCAACAAUCUACCUAUGCAACCCAGCCAGACCUCCUCUUACUCCUGCAUGCUGCCUACCAGUCCGCCUGUGAACGGGCGGAGCUACGAAACAUACACGCCCCCUCAUAUGCAGGCACAUAUGAACAGCCAAUCAAUGACCACUUCUGGUACCACCUCAACAGGGCUCAUCUCUCCUGGAGUGUCUGUCCCUGUCCAAGUCCCAGGGAGCGAGCCUGACAUGUCUCAGUACUGGUCAAGACUACAGUAGAGAGAAGAGCUACUUCACCCUGUAAGCACCCACUCCACCAUCGCCCUCCGGCAGUGCUCCUCACAAAUACAUGGCACAGGAGAGAAAGGGGGAAGAAGGAAAAAAAAAGGCGCAAGAGGGUUGAGGAAGAGGCAACAGACAGGAGAGGAAAGAACGAGAGGGACUCUGGGAGAGCCUUGGGACGUCUGGGCUUUGUUUCCCCCACCCCCCGCUGGGACAGUGUGCUGUUGUGUAGCUCUAGGCACAUUCAAAACGAGGACUUGGAAGAGAGAGACCAACAGUGGAGAGAGACAGAAAAAAAAAUAUGGACCUCUGUAAAGUGCCCGGUGUUAAAUUUUUAUGGAACAAAAACUUAUCCGUUCUUUUUCUAUUUCCAACUUCAGUCAUUGUUUCCCUUUUUUUUCUUCUGAUGUGUUUGUAAAUGGCCAUUUGUAUGUUAAUAUGAAAAAAAAAAAAAAGAAAAACAAGAUCAAGUACUGAUAGACGGACUGCUAGAAAACCAUGUUGGUGUUUUUCUUUCUUUUUUUUUCUUUCUUUUUUUUUUUUGCUAAAGGAGAAGCUGAGAGAAUCUGCCAUGACUAUCUUUUAAUCUGCUUAUAUCGAGACUUUCUACCAGCCCUUUGCAUGGUCUCUGGACGCAUAUCAUUAAAGACGAAAAAAGCUGGAGGAAGACUCUUACUGUGAACGAAAAAAAAAAAAAAAA